AUGGCCAUGGAUUAUACAAAUAUAUACUGGGAUAUGACUGCUGAAGAACUUGCAAGUUUAAGGAAGCAAUGUGUUCAAAGCUUAUAUGAAUGUACAGAUUAUGUUUUAAAAUAUUUGGAUGGUGAUGAGAAAAAAAUUGAACUUGAUAACUUAAAGUCAUACAUACAAGGUUAUUGUUCUCUUGACGAGCUAUCUUCAAAAGGUUCUGGGGGACUUAUUUGCGAAGAUGAUAGUUUCGAUGAUAUCAAAAAAAAAGUUGAAGAAUGGCUGCCAAAUUCUAAACACAGUAAUCAUCAUUAUAUGACCAGUUUUUUGAACAAGAUCAAAAACAAAGAAGCUUCCUCCAGUCAGAAGGACCCUGAACUUGUAAUUACAUGCACAAAUCAACAACAAAUUGAUCCAUAUUCAAAAGAACCGAUUCAAAUACCUGUGAAAAACACGUUUUGUGGGCAUGUGUAUGACAAGAAAAGUAUAUUAAAAUACAUGGGAGUCAACAGCAGAGCUAAAUGUCCAUAUAUGGGAUGUAGCAAUGCAGUACUUUUAACAAAAGAAUGUUUAGUUUGUCAUGAAAUGCCAGUCGAGAUGAAUUCUACAACUGUUUAUAAUAAAAUG